CGAACUUCCUUUCACAACUACCCGUGGAACAAAGCCCGAGCCGAGACACGAAGACAACAAUUCUUGUGUUGCAGCUCAACAUUAACCGGACGUUUCGAUGCCUGCUCAUAGGGUCAACAAGUCGUGCAACCAGUGUCGUAGCCGCAAGGUUAGGUGUAUCGCCCCGCAAACGUUGCCAGGACAAACGAUGACUUGUAAUCAAUGCACGAAAAGGAAUGAAGUGUGCGAAUUCAGCCUCGCGAAGCGAAGAUACCGGACGCCUUCGAAUCGGCCACUUCUCUUGCGAGCACCGAGUCUCAAGAGAAGCCUUCAAAAUUGUUGAUAGAUGGACUCUUGGAAGGGGGAGCGAAAGAAGCAGAUCCUGAUGAUGAGUUCUCGAUUUUGAAGGUGCAUGACAAACGUUCUACCAGUUCUAGCCUGGCCUUUUUUUCCGAACAGAGGCUUAACUGUUUGACCGCAAAGACUGGGAACCCUCGUUUAAAGGAGCUAAUAAAUGGCAUCGACAACUCCCUAAGAGCACGGCUAAGCGAAGGCAGCGAUGCCGUGUCCCCUUCGCCUGUGCGCAGCCAAAACAGCCACCAUAUCCACGUCUCACGGGAAGAGAGAGAGUUAUAUGUCAAUCGAUAUUUCGACCAGAUCCACCCGUUGUUCCCUUUUUUGAAUCGAACAGAAUUUGAAAGUAAAUAUCGAGAUCUCGAUGAUCUGGCCGACUUCGGCAGUGCCAGCACGCCAAAAGGCCCAUUUGUCGCCUUAUACUAUGCCGUGCUUGCGUUGGGUUGUCUCUUGGAAAACGGCGAGAACUUUCGAGCCGGAACUGGCAAGCCAUGGCAUUUUUUUGUUGAAGCGCAAUGCCAAUUGUCUAACCUGGUGCCGAAGAGAGAUUCGCUGGACCGUCUUCAGGCUUUAAUUGCACUCUCUAUCUUCUCCACUAGUCCAUGCUGUCUUCAAGUCAACCAACCCUUACUUACCGAAGCACUUUGUAUGGCCCUGACACUCCGAUUACACAAGGCUUCGAGUCCCACAAAUUCUGACGAAGCCUCUCGGAGGGCGUUCUGGGUACUCUACCAUCUUGACAAACAUUACCACUUUCAGGCGCGGAAUAGUCCUUUGAUCGCGGAUUACGACGUCAGCUGUCCAAUUCCGGACAUCCCAGAGGCAAUUUUCGGUGAAUACGACUGGUUCCGAGCAUCCAUUCAGUUUUCUCGAAUCCUGUCCAUCACUUACGAGACUGUGUUUUGCAUGAGCGCAUCCAGGAAGCCGUCGAAUGUUCUCCUCGCGUCUGUCGGAUGCAUUGAGGGGUUACUCGAAGACUGGAGACAGUCUAUCAGUGCCAACUUUCGACCUCGCGAACCGGUGCAAAAGACAAUAUUUAGGGACCCGAGAACCAAAAAUCCCGCAAUCCGAACACAUUUUUAUUACUACCAUCUGGUCAUCGCUCUGGAAAGGCUCAAUCUACGCCUCGCUCCGCAAGGAAGGCGGGAAGAGAGCAAGCGAAAUUUGAUAAAUGCAGCGAGAUCCGUCGUUGAAAUCACCAGCUUUAUUGAUGUCGAGGCUUUUACCCCCAUAUUCAUCCUGGCCAUAAUUCCACUCUCGGCUCUGCUUCUUCUUUUCGACUUUGUGGUCGAAAAUCCGCACCAUCCGGAGACUCCGAGGAACCUGGUGCUACUAGACGUCGUGUCGGGUCACUUCAGUCUCUUGGAGCACGCUUCCAAUGGGUCUCUCCCUGGCAGCUACCUCACCGAAUUCGCUCACAUCGCACGAGCCUUCGUCGCCAGUUUGCCAAGUGACGCUGCCCCCCAACCCGAGAGCACCAACAACGUGACAGGAAUGACAGCAAAUGCGAUUCCCGGGACAAUUCCGUCAAAUGGCGUUGCGGCAAGUAGCUUGAGUGGUCAUGAGCCGAAUCAUAGCGCAGCAGAAACACUUGCCGGCAUCGAUCAAUACGAUGCAGAUCUCGAGAGUUCUCACUAUCCCUCGUCCGAUGCUGUCUUUGGAGGGUUUGACAAUCCAUUGUGGAAUGGGGCCGAUUUUUGGCCUUUCCUGGAUUCCUUCAUGCCCGGUCAUCCUUAUUGAGCUCAGGCUGGCGCAACUUGGUGUCAAUCCGCAGGUUGUAUUUUUCCGUGGCGUCGAGGUUCUGAUACAACAAAUGUAGUUGGUCCUGGCCAACGAUAUUUGCAUGCCAACAAAAUUUGCGAUGAUCAUCCGUGCGGAAUGGCUGUGAUGUCUCCACCUAUCGAAGACUACUGUCUCCAGCUGAGCUGCUGGAAUAUUACCGGUGGUUCAUUGUCAUGUCAGAUCAGACCGCCGGAACACGAUCCCCUCGGCUUAGGUGACAGGAAUUGGUAGUCGUGAAGGACUCACGUUUCCCUAUAUCCCAGGAAAAGCGGGUCAAGAAGUUUUGGCUCGGCGUCAACAGCCUGUGUAUGUCGUGCUGGCUUGUCCGUGCCUACGAUGUCGGCCGCGGAGCGGAACACAAGAGACAUUUCUACGCAUUAUUGCCGUUGUAUUCAAUAUUUGUCUUUGUCUCGUGGAUAAGGAGCCUCUGUCACCGCUCAGGAAUUCCUGAUAUACUCAGUCAAAAGGAGAAUCUGUCCAUAUCGGGUGUGGCGGUGAAAAGAGAUGCUCGUCCAGCGAGAAGGGCAGAGGUGGUUGGGUCAUCCAGCGAAACACACACCCAUAGGCAUUUUGUGAGCAACGGGUGCGGAGUCUUGGCGGAAACCUAUCCCUUGGUGGCCUGUCGGAGCCAUCAUAUCAUAUCAGGCUUGUCUCGGCAUGACUAAGGAAGGGACCUGUUUCAACAUUUAGCGACACUUUUCGUGUUCCCUGUCUGUUCGUGGGGUUUAAGGCGUCGAGGAAAAGGAUGGCUGGUGGAAUUGGCCAGUGCAACGAUAUUGGGCGAGAAUUACCCCAGGUUGAAGGAGACCAAGAAGAGGUACGAUCCAAAGGGGAGGCUUGGAGGCCACUUUGCUCAAAGGACGAGACCAUAAAGACACUUGUCUAUAAAGGGGGAUCGGAGCGGUAGGACUUCCGUUGAACCUUAGGUUUCAGAGCCGGUCCUAGGGAUAUAUCGAGGACACGGCUCCUCGCUGCUUUCGCACAUGUUGAAUCUCUGAAUUGAUA